UGUUAAAAUUUUUUUUUUAUUAUUUCUUAAAAAAGCGAUUUUAAAUCUGUUAAAGUUAAGGAUAUUUUAAUAAAGCCAAGCGGCAAAAUGAGCCAGCAACCAAUUGCGUUCCUAACACGUAAAGAGAUUUUCUGUGCAUCGCAUCGCUUACACAGUCUUCAACUCUCGGACGCGGAAAAUUUAGAAAUAUUUGGUAAAUGUAAUAAUCCCAAUGGUCAUGGCCAUAACUACACAGUAGAAGUAACAAUAAAAGGUCCUAUUGAUAUGCGCACCGGUAUGGUGAUGAAUAUUACAGAAUUAAGUGCUGCAAUGAAUGCAAUAAUCUUCAAGCAAUUAGACCACAAGAAUUUAGAUAAAGAUUGCGAAUACUUUAAAAAAAUACCUAGCACUACGGAAAAUCUAGCAGUGUUCAUAUACGAUGGUGUUCGUCAACAUUUGAAAAAACCGGAUCUCUUAUACGAAGUUAAAAUAUAUGAAACCGAUAAAAACUCUGUGACCUAUAGGGGACCAGUAAUGUCAGACUGCAAUAUUCCCAGUAAGCGUGUAUCCAAAAAUUCUUGUACAAAUAUAUCUUCUGAUUCAGAUUAAUUUGCGACAAUGAUGAUCCAUACAAUGUGCUGUUUACAGGGACCAAUGUAAAUUUUUUUUUGAUAUUGUAAUAUAUUUUUUUUAUUAAAUGAUUAUCACUUCCAUUGUUAUAUACAUA